UAGGCAAGAGAACUAGGCUAACCAAAUGAUUUAUCCCUAGAAUUAUGUAGCAUUGCUCCCAACACCAUGCUCUGCCUGUCUCUUGCACCAAGAGCUCCAUAAUGAAUCCCCACAACACACAUCAGGAGCAGGGUGGUAAGGCUGACAGAGACAUACUCAAUUAUUCUCCUCUAGUUUACAAUUCGUUCCUAACACUUGUGAGGUUAGGAGCCUGAUUAGCUUAAUAGGAUGCAGAUAUGGAGUGGAGGAAUUCUAUCACUCACUGUAAAAAUACUGGCUCCAUGUUCUGUGUCAGGCAAGACUGAUUAGAAACUGCUAUUUUGUAGUUGAUACAAGUUUUUCUUCAUUAGUAAGAGAUGUAGUGUAGUCACCUCCAUUUUGAGAAAUACAGAGCUUGUUGAAAAGGAGCUGUAGGGGCAAGUGAGCAAAGCUCUCUGAGGAGCAUAAGAUGUGCUCUUAUUUUUGUUGUGAGGAUGAAAUCAGCUACUGCCUGUGUCUGGAUUGGAGAAAACACUUCAGGGUGGCAUUGAAGCAAAGCCAAGUCCACUCUGGGCAUUGUAUCAAGCAGCAGAUAGAUAACCACUGUUUUGUCUCUUGUCUCACGGAGUCUGCACUUUGGGGAAACCCAAGGCAGAGAGUGAAUCCAAGAGGAAGCAGAAUGACAACAGAUCUCCAGGCCUGAGAAGGAUACUCGUGAUUACUGAGGAGACUUCUGACUUCUGUGAUUCUGGGCUGUAGACCCUGCACUUUAGAACAUGGUGGCCAGAGGCAACGUGACUGAAAUCAUUUUCUUGGGAUUUUCCCAGAAGGAGAAUGUGCAGAAGGCCCUUUGUGUGAUGUUUCUCCUCCUGUACGUGGCUGUUGUGCUGGGCAAUGGCUUCGUCGUGGUGACCAUCAUGGCCAGCAAAGGGCUAGCCUCCCCCAUGUACUUCUUCCUCGGUUUCUUGUCCCUGGUGGAGCUCUGUUACUGCUCAGUCACAGCCGCUAAGCUCAUCUCUGACAGUUUCACCCGGAAGAGAGUCAUUUCCCUCCGGGGCUGCAUCAUGCAGAUCUUCUUCCUCCACUUCCUUGGUGGCACUGAGAUCUUUCUUCUGACGGUGAUGGCCUACGACCGCUACGUGGCCAUCUGCAGGCCCCUGCACUACGUCAGCGUCAUGAACCAGCGGGCCUGUGGGCUCUUGGUGGGCGCUGCCUGGGGAGGGGGCUUGCUGCAUUCUGCGGGGCAGACCUUCCUCAUUUUCCAGCUGUCCUUCUGUGGCCCCAACGUCAUCGACCACUACUUCUGUGACGUGCACCCUGUGCUGAAGCUGGCCUGUUUUGACACCUUCCUCCCCAGCCUGCUGAUCAUCCUCAACGGCGGCUCCAUCUCGGUGGUCAGCUUCUUGGUGCUGCUGGCCUCCUACGCGGUCAUCCUGUGCUCCCUGAGGAGCUGCACUUCCACCGGGCGGAGCAAGGCCCUUUCCACCUGUGCCUCUCACCUGGCGGUUGUGGGCCUCUUCUUCAUCCCCUGCUCCUUUGUCUACUUGAGGCCCUGCGUCUCCCUCCCUGCACACAAGAUAGUGGCUGUGUUUUACACGGUGGUCACACCCCUCUUAAAUCCUGUCAUCUACUCCUUCAGGAACGCGGAGAUGAAAAAUGCCAUGCGGAGACUCAUGCGGACGAAAGCCGUUGGGGAAGAGAAGUAGAUGACCCACUCGGGCAAAACGGAGAGUCAGGAUGGGGAGCAGGGGCACCUAAGAACGCACGCAGCCCAUUCCUUACCUUGGUCAGUCACCCACUUUAUUGACAUUUCAGCCCCUCAGCAUUAUGGACCUGGACAAGAAGGAUGGGGUCUCUAGGCUGGAGUAAGAGGUGUCUUCAAGUGUGGCAGUGGCCUUGAGGCAGGUUGGCUGGUCCAGGGGGGAUGAACCUCUCCAGAAAACUAGGGUGGCUGGGGAUGGUGCAGAGGGAAGGGAGGAGGGAGUUGCUUUAGGGACACCGUGGUCUGGUGUGCUCUUGGUUCAGACAGCCUGAGUCUUUGGUCUGGAGACGCGGCAGGGCAGUGAGGGACACAGUGGUCGCUGACUUGACUGGAAGGCUUGGCCAGCUGGGUUCUGGGGCAGGCCAGGAGGACUUAGAGGGGUUCAGACCUCAGCCAGAAGAUGCAGGCUCCAGGGGGGGGUUCACGCAGGCUCAUGCUAGUGCAGACUCGGGGGUCUAAAGAACCAAAUGGAACCACAAAUUGAUUUUAAGAGAUUGGACAGCAUCAGACAGGGAGACAGUGCUGCCCACCUUGUGGGAAGGAGUUUCAUUUCCUGUGUAUCAUUAACUUUCCCCAGUACUGGAGGUUGACCCCAGUGCCUUUGCACUGCAUCCCUG